AUGGCCUCAAAGUCUCAGAUCCGGAUAGGCUACGUGCCAGGCGGGCGAUGGAGCAGAAACCAUUCUAAUGACUACGGUUUGGUUGAUUGGACAGAACACUACUUGACACCAUUACAUCUGGCUCUCCGUUCAUCGACUGCGUCUUCUUUGCCGUACGAAGUCACUUUGAUUCCAUUCCCGUCCGGUACGGGACAUAUGAUCACCUCGCUGCGCAGCCAUGAGAUCGAUAUCGCGAUCGGCCUGACCGAGGGUUGGGUGGCAGGACUCACGGGAAAGACUCAGCCUCAGAACCCGGUCGAAGGAGGAUACAAGGUGGUGGGCCAUUGGGUGGACAACCCGCUCCGAUGGGCGAUUGUGACGGGUCGCAACCGGGACAAUAUCAAUGGCGUGCCGGACCUGAAGGAUCAGCGAGUCGGUGUUAGUCGGCUGGGCAGCGGCUCUCAUAUCAUGUCAUUUGUUCUCGCUCAGCAACAAGGAUGGAAGCCAGACGGUCUGUCGACUGUUCCCCUGGGUCCUUUCGGUGCUCUUCGCAAUGGUGUCACGGGCCAGGAUGAGACCAAACCGGAGCAGGAAUCCAAUCCCACCGCCGAGUUCUUCAUGUGGGAGCAUUUCACCACCAAGCCGUUCUUCCACUCGACUGCUGAAACGCCGAAUCCCCCGUUGAAAAAGAUCGGAGAGAUCUUCACCCCCUGGCCAUCAUGGAUGAUUGUUGCUUCUACGGCGGUAUUUCCGGACCCAGAACAGGACUCUCGCCUGCAACAGUUAUUCCAGAUCCUGGACCAAGGAAUCCAAGAUUUCGAAUCCAACACUACCCAGGUUGUGACACUUCUCGGAACCGGAGAGCUGGGAUGUCAUUAUAUCGAAGAGACGCCAAGGAGUGGCUCAAGGAUGUCAAGUUUACCAACGCUACUCGUGGAGUCGAUCACAAAGUCAUCGAAGGUGUCGUGGAUGUUCUGA